ACGUGCUCGCAAACCUUUGGGAUGAAGACGACGUUUUUUUCCAUUGCUCGGAGCGCGCGGCUGUUUUCAGUGUGGCCCCAGUGAUUCGCAUUCCAAAGGAGUCACGGCGAUGGACGAUCAAGCGAGGGCGGCGCGGCCGCAGGAAAGACACUCGGGUUCCCGCCAGGCGUCCCACCAUGGGUCCCUCCAGGGUUCCCAACAUGGUUCCCGCCAGGUGUCGCAUCGGGGCUCUACGCACGAGUCCAGCUACGGGUCAGCUCGUGCUCUGGAUGCUCCACCACCCAUGCAAGUUCCCAUGCAAGUCCCUCUGCAGGGUACUCAAAUGAUGCCUCCUGGGCCGUGGCCUCCGGCUCCAUAUUACAGCCAGGAGGGUAUGGUGCCUCCACCACCGCCUCCGUCGCAACACAAGAGAAGUGUCGAGAGUCAAGCGAAAGCGAAGAGCAAGAAAAAGGGCACCAAGAGCCACCGCAAGAGCGGCGCUGUGAGGCACGGAGGAGACGCCCCAUCAGGACCUCCUCAAGACAAAGAAGCCAUGGAGAAACUCAUUGACCGUAACCGCGAGGCAUUGGAAGCAGCCAAUAAAAAGAAACAGCUUAUGGCUCAGCGCCUUAACACGAAGGGAUACGGUCUCUUGGGCGAACGCUACUACACCCUGCCGUCGUACAGCGCCAUGAUCUUGGUGUGCAUCUGGAUCUCGCUGAUAUCUGGAAUUUCCAUCCUGGUCUUCGGCCUGAUGUUUCGCGUGUUCGUGCAAGCGACUCCGUUUUUCUACCUUUCCCUGGGGACCAGCUCCAGUCUCCUGGCUCUGGCGGGAUUCCUGACCGUCUUUCGCAGCAAGCAGCCGGGCUCCGGUCUGGUGCCCUGAGUGCCGCUGUAACGAAUGCUGCUGCUUCACUCGGUCGCUGCCCUCGUCCGCUGGACCGUCCUGACGCCCGUGCGUGGAUAUUGAAUAAAAUGGUGUCCCUUAGUACCAAAAA